AAUCAUCGUGCCUUACCUGACCACGUGCCAAUGGCUCAGAAAUCGGAUCAGUCCAACGAAGUCGAACUACAUCUCGAGCACGUCGACAAAGCUCACAUCAGCCACGAGCUCUUCCAUCCCGACCCUUCCAUCUCGGCGCACGCGCACGUCAGCAGCCUCAAGCAGUACCAAGAACUCCACCAUCGCUCUCUCGUCAAUCCUGUCGGCUUCUGGACCGAAUUGGCCAAGGAGUUUUAUUGGAAACGGCACUGGAGCUCCACCGCUCUCUCAUGUUGGAAUUUCGACCGUCGCGCAGGAAAAAUCAGCAUAGGCUGGUUUACAGACGCGAAAACAAAUAUCUGUUACAAUGUGCUUGAUUAUCAAAUCAAGAAGAAGAAUGCGGGCGACCGCGUCGCUUACUAUUGGGAGGGAAAUGACCCGGAUGAUAGUAGGGUUGUGACGUAUGCGGAAUUGUUGAAGGAGGUGUGCAAGUUUGCGAACGUUUUGAAGGCGCAGGGUGUGAAGAGAGGAGAUCGUGUCGCGAUUUAUAUGCCGAUGGUGAUUGAGUUGGUCGUUGCGAUGUUGGGAUGUGCUCGUAUUGGGGCGGUUCAUUCAGUUGUGUUUGGUGGCUUUUCUGCUGAUUCGCUAGCCGAUCGAAUGUUUGAUGCGACGUCUGAGAUUCUGAUCACUGCUGAUGGUGUAUUUCGAGGCACCAAACUAAUCAACUUGAAAAGCAUCGCCGACUCGGCAGUCGCCAAAUGCAAAGACAAAGGAUUUGAGGUGAAGCGUUUAAUUGUUUAUAAGAAUUUGGGAGACAAGUUGACGGCACAUCUUGAUGCUGAUACUUUGGCUGGUGAUAAGUCGCCACCGUCGAAGAGAGUCCGUCAGUUGUCGUGGGAUUCUCACAUCGACGUGUGGUGGCAUGAGGUCAUGAGUACGGCAAGCGAUGAGUGUGAGCCUGUGUGGGUCAAUGCCGAAGAACCACUUUUCAUGCUUUACACGAGCGGGUCGACAGGCAAGCCGAAGGGUGUGGUGCACACGUCGGGAGGAUAUUUAGUCUACACGGCAACAACUUUCAAAUACUCAUUCGACUACCACCCCGAGGACAUAUUCUGGUGCACUGCAGACAUUGGCUGGAUCACCGGCCACUCAUACAUCACAUACGGACCUCUAGCCAAUGCAGCAACAAGUGUGAUGUUUGAAGGCGUUCCCACGUAUCCUGGACCCGAUCGUUUCUGGGCUAUCGUGGCCAAGUAUCGUGUGAGUAAGUUCUAUACAGCUCCGACUGCGAUUCGUGCGUUGAGAAAAUUUGGUGACGAUCACGUUAAGAAACACGAUAUUUCCUGCCUGAAAGUGAUUGGCACCGUCGGCGAACCAAUCAACCCUGAUGCCUGGCAUUGGUAUUAUGAGGUUGUUGGCAACAAGAAAUGUUCCAUUCCUGACACAUACUGGCAGACAGAAACCGGGGGUCAUAUGAUUACGCCAUUGCCAGGUGCCACACCUAUGAAAGCGGGUUCUGCUGGUUUUCCGUUCUUUGGCGUUGUUCCUAUUCUUGUUGACAAGCAAGGUGAAGAACUGAGAGGCGAAACAGAAGGAUAUCUUUGCAUCAAACAGCCGUGGCCUGGCAUAAUGAGAACUGUGUACGGCGACCAUGAACGCUUCGAGCAAAUCUACUUUGACAGAUUCAAAGGAUACUAUUUCACCGGCGAUGGAGCAUACAGAGACAAGGACGGCUACUAUUGGAUAACUGGCCGAGCUGAUGAUGUCAUCAACGUGUCGGGUCAUCGUAUCGGCACUGCGGAGGUCGAGAGUGCUCUUGUGGCACAUCCGGCUGUCGUCGAAGCCGCAGUGGUUGGCAAGCCGGACGAUGAGAAGGGCGAAGUGACGUAUUGCUUUGUGACGCUACACGAUGGUGCUGUUUUCAACGACGCUUUAGUUGAGGAUCUGAAAGAGCAAGUUCGUUUGAAGAUCGGACGAUUUGCUGCUCCGCAUGUCAUACAGAACACUCCUGCUCUACCGAAGACGAGAUCCGGGAAAAUCAUGCGCCGCAUCUUACGCAGAGUCGUACGCAAUGAUCACGACUUAGGUGACGUCUCAACCCUGGCCGACUCCAGCGUCAUCGAGCAACUGUUUGCAAACAGACCAGAACAACUCUAGACGGCCUAGACAAUAACCUUUUUUGCUUGCAUUGAACCUUUCUGCAAUUCGCAGCGAUUGCCAUUAAUUAAGUGUUUCUGUCUGAUGAAAAACGAUUUCAAGCACAUUUAAUAAAUCACGUGAUCAGUCACGUGACCACACAUCGAA